AAAAAACAUUUCCCCUCUGCUGAGAGACAGGGCAAGAGACCACACACACCAGCACACACACUUCCUCGCAGCAGCCCGGUGCCUCCGGGACCAGCACCUUGCAGUGGUGACUCCAGGAGAGGACAUAGGCGUGGACCGCCGGUUGCUGCACCCUUGCCCAUCUCAGCAGCUCUCCGUGGUGGCCCACGAGAGGCUGGUCCAGGGAGUGUGGCUGGGGCAGACACCCCUGCUGCUGGCUCCUGAGCUACUUUGUUUACUGCUGCCUACAGCAGGUGAGAAGAGCUGCCGCUGGCCUUGUCCCUGCAUCCCAGGAAGACCACACAGGACCCUGGGCCCUCACCAUCCCUGGUUCCUCAGGAUGGGCAUCUCAGCAAGGGUGCCCUGCACUGGCCUGGCCCUGCUCCAGGUGCAGGAAGCCGGGUGAGCGGCAUCACGUGUGGGGACUUCACGGCCCCGCUGAGCCCCGCGCAGCCCCGAGAAUGAGCGGCGACGUCCUCUAGCCACCCAACACCCGCUCAGUCCCCUUGGCGCCCCACAGAGGCCCAGACUUUGGGUUUCCUGCACAGCAGACAGCGCGGCCGCCAGCAAUGACCAUCCAGAAACUUGUGGCCUUGGCUGUGCUGGCGGCCCUCAUCUCCCUGGUGCUCAACAACGCGGCGGCCUUCACUCCCAACUGGGUGCACCAGACGCUGGAGGAUGGGCGCCGGCGCAGCGUGGGGCUCUGGAGGGCCUGCUGGCUGCAGGAUAGGGCGCACAGGGGGCCGGGCCCCGGUGCUAGGCCCCUGCUGGCUGAUGAGCAUGAGUGUGAGGCCCUGAGCUGGGGCUCUGAGGUGGCCGGCUUCCAGGAGGCUCGGGGCACCGUCAAACUGCAGUUCGACAUGAUGCGUGCCUGCAACUUGGUGGCCACAGCGGCGCUCACGGCAGGCCAGCUAACAUUCAUGCUGGGGCUGGUGGGCCUGCCACUGUUGUCACCCGAGUACCCUUGCUGGGAGGAGGCCAUGGCUGCCGCAUUCCAGCUGGCGAGCUUCGUCCUGGUCAUUGGGCUGGUGACCUUCUACAGGAUCGGCUCCUACACCAGCCUGUCCUGGUCUUGCUACCUGAACAUUGGCGCCUGCCUCCUGGCCACCCUGGCAGCAGCCGUCCUCAUCUGGAACAUUCUGCACCGGAGGGAGGACUGCAUGGCGCCCCGUGUCAUUGUCAUCCGCCGCUCCCUCACGGCCCGCUUCCGCCGCGGGAUGGACAACGACUACGUGGAGUCCCCCUGCUGACAGUCCCAGGGACCCUCUCAGGACGCUGCCAUUGAAUGUCCAGUGUAACAGUUAGACUGUCUAGAGACCAAGGGGCUGCAGAGCCACCUCACUGCUGUGCAGAGGUGCAGGGGAUAAGGGUUACCUGUGUGUCCGUGUACAUGACACACAUGUACAUUGCUGUUAUAUAUGGGUAUACAUAGGGUUUGUAUAUGGGAGCAUCUGCGUGCUCAAUGUGCUACAAAGUGUCUUGCUGCCGCCACCAUUGCUUCACAUCUGCAUGUGUUUCAUAGGUGUUGACAAGAACGAGAAUUGGGGUGCAGGCGAAGGGCUACCAGCCCCACCUGGGUGGGGUUAAUUUAUCCUGCUCCUUCAGAGAGGGGCAUCGCUGGUGGAAGGCUAUGUUGGUGGUGUGGAAUGUCCAGGCAGAUGCCCCAGAAAUGUCCACGAUGUGCCCCUGGUGAAUCUGGACUCACAACCCAAGCACUGCAGUUUCUGACAGAGCCAUCCUGGUGUACAUUUUGCUCCUGGUUAUUUUUCUAAGUUAAAAUAAAGCACAGGCCUCUCA